GCUGGGUUCCAGUCGCUUGACGUUACCGUCACUACGCUCACUUCGCACGUUGGCAACGCUGGGUGUCACAUCUGCGAGCUGAACACCCAAGUCGCGGAACGCCCAUCCAUCGCCAACAUGAACAACGGCGAGGCUCAGCAGCUCAAGGCGCAGCAGCCAACAUUCGCAGCGGCAGUGAACCAGCUUGCCUUCGAGCCCAACUUCGAGGAGUUCGCGGAGGCGGGUGUCAGCAAGGGUGGCACCAUGACGUUGCUCGAGUCCGAGGUGCCCGCCGCUCCCGCGGCGGAUCAGGGCGUCGCGGAGCCGCCCAGCGAACAGGUCGAGACGAAGGGGAGGAUGACGGCAAUCGAGCCCGUCAUCCAGGAGCACGCCCAUGCAGGUGGACGCGGCGUCUACACCAUCAUCCCCGGAAUCGGCAGGAAGCUGCGCAACCAGGAGGAUAUCGAUAAUGUGCAGGUGGUCGAGAAGAAGAAGGUCAAGACGAUCGUGAUGGCGUCGGUGACUGAGCGCGUCGAGAAGAUCGUGGACGCGCCGAAGGCCGAGGAGAAGGUGGAGGUGCCGAGGUUGGCGCACCGGGAGAAGAUCGACCACGAGUCGCUGGUCGAGACCCAAGCGGCCGAGCAGACCGUGGAGGUGGCGCAAGGCAACCUCGAUAGCAUUGCGCUGACGUGGGAUGAAGCGCAGAUGGUCGCGCAAAGGUCCGACGAGGCGCCCAAGUGCAUCCUCGACUGGAUGGCCAACUUUCCGUUCGCUGGGAAGGCCGAGUUCGACGGUAGGUGGAAGGAAGUUGAGGACAUCGCAAGACCCAUCUUCUCAGAUAUCACCACGCUCCUCCAGCGGAGGGGCGAGCAGCUCACGCAAUCAGGGGAGUGCCACGCAGAUGGCCGCAGCCUGAAG